AUUAGUGUGACUAGGCGUAUACACUCAUAGGCAUGAGUAAUAGUCCUCUCUUACACCCAGCUGUGUUUAUAUGUACAGCUAUAGCAAGGACCUCGAGCGAAUGGCUUCCACUGGAUAUCCAGGUAGUUUUGGAUGUGGAUGACAAGUGGUCUAUCGUUCGUCGUCUAAAAAUUCGAAUCAGUUAAAAUUAGCAAAAUUAGCGGAUCCUGCCGAUAGAGAUCCUAUCUCAGAAAAUGGCUCACAUAAUAUAGCGUGCACUCGAACCACGACGUCGUUGCUGUCAAUGACUUGACUUCGUACUACAAUUCGUACUACUGGAGUAUGUCCACACUCGUCCAGCAGUCCUACGAUCAUUCGAAUGGAAGAUUGGUCGCUAUGUGAUCCCAACUUGUUUUUACGGACUCAUUUAGGAUUCCAGCUUCGACAUGGCACGGCUUUCGUGUUGUUCUUGUCGACUGAGAUUGUUCGUCGAAGCAACGCUGAGGAUAAAUGCUCUGGGGUCACUAGCGUUAAUCUGUUAUCAUCUUACACUGUCGAAUCGAUAUCGCAGGGUUUGUGUGGUGCAUGUUAACUGAAUAAACAGUUGAUUUCGACUAAAUUAUGGCUCUGCGGGCGAAAGAUGCCGACUUCGAAAACUUUGCUUCCCAGGCCAGGUCUCUGUUGGGUAGAAGAUGGGCAGACGGCGCCUCACUCAUCAGUAGUUAUACUAUAUUGAGUAGGUAACGAUUUGACUGACGACUGGCUACAGGAAAUGUGGAGUGGUGCAGAUGGUGAUCUUAAUCGGGCAUUGAAUCAUGUUCUAGAUUCCCCACCUGAUAAAGUUGGUCGCUCUGGAGGGUAGAACGUUACUCGAUGGAGCGGUUCCUGUUUACACCCAACUUUGCAGGUCAGUUAAUGCCGCACCAGUGGCGUCCACCAAGGCCAAGUCCCCGAAGAAAAAGAAGCAUUCGAAAUCUGCUGCUGCUGCUCCUCGGCCAGCACCUCCGGCCCCAGCAUGGGAUGACGAAUACGAUGAUCCCUUCUUUUCGGCCCCUGCCCCUGUUCCGACAUCAGCAGCUCCUGUGCCACCACCACCACCAGAACCCGUCACGAUGCAACAGCAACCACCUGCACCACAGGGGAUGUCAUCUCAGCAAAUGGCUGCACCUUCUAGUGCACCGCAGCUAAUGGGCCCCCAGAUGGGUAUGCAAUAUCAACAGGUUCCAUAUCCCUCUGCUACUCAGCAGCAAUCUCCCCAGAUGAUGCAAACCAUGCCUACCAUGCCCUCGGCUUAUGGCAUGAUGGAUAAUACUCCUAUGAAUACAGCUCCUAAUCCAGGCAUGGCGGCGUCUUUGCAACAUCAGCAACGCAUGCAAUUCGUGCUGGCUAAUCCUAACCUCUUGCAGGACGUUGCAGCAAUGCAUCAAUUAAAGGACACAAUGAGUAUGGCCAUGGAGGCACCUAAUGCUACGAUACAAAUGGAUGAGCAAACCAGACAGAAUGAACAAGCAGCACAAUUCAUCAGAUUCAUGCAGAGCCAGAUUUCUGAAAUGUUAACGAAUCCCCGAGUAGCCUCUAAUCCCGAGCUCCUCCAACAGUUGAAUACCCAGAUGAACCAACUACGCUUGAUCACAAUGCAGCAGGUUGCAUCUGAACAGUUGUCAACCAAUCCUGUCACAGCCUUGAGUUUGGCUACUGCGCCCAACUCUGGCGCCAAGACUCUCACUACUGAUGAUAUACGAAGCAUUUUGGAAAGUGCAAUGCUCGAUUCGGAGAGUGAGGAUAGUGAAGAUGAUGAGGAUAGUGAAGAGGGUGCGGGGGGAUCCGAUGAUGCUACUGAGUGGUGGGGCGAUGAUAUCGCGAGGAAAGGAGGUAAAGGAGAUAUGAUGCAGAAUGAGAAGCAUGUUAGCUUUGGAGAGGGCUCUCCGAAGAAGGGUUGCAUGAAGAAGGGGUCCGAUCCGUCUUUGUCGGAGAGUAACCCUUUCAAAGAGCCAGAGGGUGAGGACGAGACCAUUCCUGGGGACAAAAAGCUCCGAAACUCGUCCCGUACACUGAGGAAAGGACGCAAGACUUCGAGAAAGAGUGGUUCUUCUGAUGAGAAGAGCCUUACCAAAUGGAUGAAGCAAUUGAUGGCUGCUCAGUCCCAGUUGGCUAGUUAUGCUCGCCUCACUGAUCCGUCUUCUCUAUCGUGCAGGAUCAUCUGCUAG